UCACCGUCUGAUGGAUGGGGAGGGCGUGACGUCAUCAAGGGGGCACCAGCGAGUUUUGCCAAAGAAAAGCUUGUAGCUCCACACUAGAAGAGGGACGCCGGGAGCCGAACAAAUGCAGUGUCUCUUAAAGGAAAGCUCUCUCCGCGGUUCCUCCCGGUGACUAUCGCCGGGAGCAGAUGAGAAGCAUGACACAUAUCUGCCAGAGGAGCAUGGAGGGUUCAGGACAGCCUGGAGCCGGAGACGCCUCUCACAGGCAAUGCCUGAUUUCUCCUCUCUAAGAAAUGGCCUGGCACAACACAUCACCAUUCCGGUAUGGCUUUGACCUGGGGGCACAGUACCAGGAUUUGCGUCCUCUGGGCACAGGAGCAUCCGGUCUUGUGCUUUCUGCACUAGACAGGCGCAGCGGCCUUCGUGUGGCAGUGAAAAAGCUGGUAAUGCGAGAUGCCGUCAGCGUAAAACACGCUCUGAGGGAAGUAAAGAUCACCCGCCGCCUUCAGCAUGAGAACGUGGUCCGGGUGUAUGACGUGUUGGGCUCGUCUGGUCACCCUUUGCCACGGGACUUGACUCAUGUGGCGGCCAUAUACAUAGUGCAAGAGUGUAUGGAGACUGACUUGGCACGACUACUCGAACAAGGGCCGUUACCAGCAGAACAUGCCACCCUGCUCUUUUAUCAGCUGCUUCGAGGGCUCAAGUUUAUCCACUCGGCCAACGUGCUGCAUCGUGACCUGAAGCCAGCGAACAUCUUUAUCAACACAGAGCAAAUGCUGCUGAAGAUCGGAGACUUCGGCCUGGCACGCAUUGUCGACCCACAUUACUCGCACAAGGGUUACCUGUCAGAGGGGAUGGUCACUAAAUGGUACCGUUCGCCCAGACUGCUGCUGUCUCCAAAUAACUACACAAAAGCGAUCGACAUGUGGGCCGCAGGAUGUAUUCUGGCCGAGAUGCUCACUGGACGAAUGCUGUUCGCAGGUGCUCAUGAACUGGAACAGAUGCAGCUGAUUCUGGACACGGUGCCCGUCAUCAGAGAGGAGGACAGACAGGAGCUGCUGAGGGUCAUGCCAUCUCUAGUGGGUCACGGCUGGCAGAUCAGGAGAUCCUUCAGAGAUCUAAUGCCAGAAGUGGAGGACAAGGCCAUUGAUUUCCUGGAGAGUAUCCUGACCUUUAACCCCAUGGAUCGUCUGACGGCAGAAGCAGCUCUGUGUCAGCCGUUUCUGCAGAGAUACUCGUGUCCUCAGGAUGAGCCAGUGUCUCUGCAGCCCUUCCGCAUCGAGGACGAGCUAGAGGACAGUCUGGUGACUGAGAGCACUCACACUCACGGGCUCCGCUCACACUGGGACAGGUAUGACAGUAGUCUUUCCUCAGAUGUUUACUGGCCUACCCAGGACCAGUGUGGCUGCAUGCAGAGCGUCUCAGAACUCGGAGAAGCUGAAGAUGAAGAAGUUCAAAGGGACCCACGAGCCAGUUCAGCUUCCCACAUCGAGGAAGCGCAGGUAGACCCUCGCAAGUACUCCCACAGCAGCUCUGCAGAGCGAUUCCUGGAGCAGUCACACCCAUCCCUGGAGCGCAUCUGUGGACACUUCAGCGAGCUGGACUGCGGACGCUCCUGCGACUACAAAGUGGGCUCUCCAUCCUACCUGGACAAGAUUGCAUGGAGAGAAGGAAAGCCGCAGCAUUACUCUGAACCCAAACUCAUCCUAGACCUUUCCAACUGGAGGAACAACAGCAUGGCUGCUCCAAGACAAAACAGCGCAGAGAAGCUUCUGACCGAACCUGGAGAUCUUUUCCAGGAGAUCUCGCGUUGGGUGGAGAGCACACAGUCAGGUCUCCAUUCACCUGGUUCUCCUCAAGAACCUCCAUCUUCUCCAUGUUCACCUCCUUUACCGCUUUCUCCAACAUUGAUGCCUCAGUCUCAGAUUCAGAUCCCAGCGCCGCUGACAUUGCCCAGUCCUCUAUCCAGAAGAAGCCCGACGCCGUUCUUCUCCGCUCCUCCAUCUCUGCUGCCUUCAUCUCCUUCAUCUCCUCAUCACGGUUCUUCCAAUUAUCCGUCUUCCUCCAUUGGUUGUGAAAACUAUGAAGAGCCUUCACAGAUGCGUCCAUCUGGAGAAGAACAUUUCGACCUGGAUGUGUUUAUCUCUCAGGCUCUGCAGAUUUGUAGUCAGAGUGAGAUCAUGGAGAGCUCUGAUGACCUCAAAUCAGACAACAUUAGUGAUGUCUGCAACGUAUCGGACGACCACAGACCUUCCAGAACACAAACUCCAACCCCUGAGAUGGUGAAGGCUCAUGGAUGUCAUAAGGAACACUGGUAGAGGAGACGUUAGGGUUAGUAUUUAAGGUAGCAUGAAUGAAUGUGAACAGCUUUUUGAGAUUGUCCUUUUAUUAUCUGAAGGUGAGAUUCUGUGUUCAAUGAGAAACACAAGUAUUGGCUUCUGAAAAAAAGUAUUUGUAUUCUGAAAAAAAAAAAAAAAGAUUUGAGAUCUUGGAUAAGAGUUAAAUUGAGUCUCGAGGACAUAGUUAUGGAAAAUUUUUGUUACCUAUUAAAACAGGGGAGUCCAAACUCAGUCCUGGAGGGCCGGUGUCCUGCAGAUUUUAGCUUCAACUUGCCUCAACACACCUGCAAGGAUGUUUCUAGAAAGCCUAGUAUGAGCUUGAUUAACUAGCCCAGGUGUGUCUGAUUGUGGUUGGAACUAUGCAGGACACCGGCCCUCCAGCACCCCUGCUUUAAAGCCUUCUGUCCAUCUCUCUCAAAAAUGCACAGUUUUAACUGAGAUUUUUUUCCUAUUUUAUUUAUUUACUUUUUCAUUCUGUGCACUAAAAAUAUUUUCACUUAAAAAUCGCUAGUGAACAUAACAAUGACUAGGUUUACAAACUUUACAUGGACAUCAGUGAUCGAAUUAUCUGUCUUAAUCUGAAUAGGACAAUAAUAUGAUGAGCAUCAGUUUCUUUUUGAACAUUCCUUUCAUGAUCCUGUUUUAUAUGUUACAGCACAUAAUUCCAUUAACAUCACAACGCUAUCCACAUUUCCUCCAGAGUUUCAUGUCAUUUCGGGUGUUUCGUUUUUAGUUUGGACUUUAGCUGCAGUUUGGCACUUUCAUUCAGGAACAUUUCAUGCAUGCCUCCCGUGACCAAUGAGAUAUUGGAUGCGCGUAUUAGUACUCGCUGAGUAUGCUUACAUGAACGCCAAUAAUACGAAUUUAAUCUGAUUAAAACAAUACUCUGGUCAAGAGUCCACCAUGUAAACAGCAAAGUGAAAGUGCCAAACUGAUGUUAAUGUUAUUUGGGUGUUUCAUUUUCAAUUUGUUGACAUUAAUCAAUAAUCCAUAAACCUUAAUCAUAUUGUCAUUUUCAGAUUAAGGCAAAUAAUUCGAUUACUGAUGUCUAUGUAAGCGUAGUCGGUUAUACACUCUGAAAAAUACUGGUUUGUUGUAACCCAACUUUGUCAAAUAUAGUCAAGCAUAACCGUUGGGUUAAAAAGUGUAAUUUAAAUUUAAUUAAAAAUAUAACCCAACAUAGGGUUUGUCCAUUUUUGACGCAAUGUUGAGUGAUGACAACCCAGAAUUUUUAGGGUAAAGAAACACUGAAUGAAACACAUUUCAACCAGAAAUGUAUUUUUGUAAAACACUCCAAAAACAAGAGAUUUUUUUUACAAAUCUGAAGAUGUCAUUUUUUAUUUAAGUGCUCUGUCAUAUUUGAGCUUUUCUGAAAAAUAUUCCAAAUUAUACAUAUAUUAUUAAUAUUUUUGGUGAAUGAUUUAAAAAGUACACAUGUAAACAUUUUCUUUAGACACAUUUUUCAAGCAUCUGAUGAAAAUGCUAAAUAUUUUAUUCUUUCCUUCCCAACUAAUUUCUCCCAUGACCAUAUUCCCUCGAGCAAUCUGAAUCUCAAACUAAAACACUUUAUUGAAUGUAAGUAAAAGAACUGCAAAAGAAUGAAGACUUUAUAUGUCAAUUGUUAAGUUUAAACUUUAGUUUUCACUACUUUUUUUUAUGAACACUUAAUUCAUUAAACGAUGUGUGUAAUGAAGGUCAUUUUGUUCAAGUUAUUGAAAGAAAUUGCACUUUUUGAUAAAUAUAUUUAAAAAGUUUUCACUCACAAUAAAAUCAAGUCUCCAGUUAAUCCUGUUGUUUAGAAAAAUGUUUCAUUUCAUAUAAGACUUGCCAUUUUGGAUGGCGUGCAUGGAUAUAAAGAAAUCUUCAGACCCACUGUACUUCUAGCCAAGUGAAAAUCUGUUGAAUACUGUGUGUCUUUGAAAGGUUUAAUCUUCAGACCAAGAGCCACGAAGUCAUAAAAAUAAACUAAACCCCAUCAUCUUCAAAU